AUAAAUAUGUCGAUUGAUUUUUUUUUUUUUUUUUUUUUGAUUUUUUGCUUUCCCAUGUUAGGGGUGAUAGACAAAGGGGUCCUGGUAAGAGAAAGGGAAACAAAUAGAACUGGUGAAGCGAGUCCUGGCUCCAGUCCUGUCCAUCAGGAAGUGAAUUUCGUGGGGCACCAAUCCCUCACCCAUAAAGUGGCUGAGGUGUUCUUUGCUUGUGUAGGCAGCUGGAUCCUGCAUUUGGUGUGGAGGUCGUGUGGGGCAUGACUUGCUGGCUUUCUAUCGCCCUCUUCCCACAACCCUUGGGCAGGGAUGGACUCCGUAAUUUUGAGAAAAUUGAAGGUGCUACCUUCCCCUAUGAGUGACACGUCUUUAAUUUUUUUUUUUAACUUCUUAGAUUGGAGGGGGAAGGAUCGGGAGGGGGUUAUUGCCAAAUAUGUUAAAUAUGGGUUGGGGUGCUUGUAUAUGUAUCUUCUUCAGUUUCCCCAGAAAUGAGGUAUCCUUUUUUUUCUCACACCAAAAUUAAGGAGUUAGGGAGAGAGAUAAGAGGGAGGUUGCAAAAAGCCAGGUGUGGGGAAAAAACCAACACCAUCCCAUCCUCGGCCUUGAGCCCUGCCAUCUGAACCCCUCAAACAUCCUCAGGAUUUCACAAGACUGAGUGGGGGAAACCCUCUCAUCAAAGAUCUGGGCAGGACUGGGGGGGCAGGUUGGGAGUGUGACGGGUGGGGGGGGCGGGAGGCACGGUCCAGGGGCAGUUCUCUCCUCACUUGUAAACUUGUAGUUUCACAGAACUGCAGUUUUAAAUAAAGAAAUUUCUUUUUUCCCUGGGUUUAGUUGAGAAUUUUUUUCAAAAACAUGAGAAACCCCAGAAAAAAAUUAUUUUUUCUGUCACAAAGCCCCAGACAUUUUUCUCAAGUUCCCGUUAUGCCUCCUCCUGGCAUUGCCCUCACUAUCCAGGCCCACAGUUCACCCUUGUCUCUCUCACCAUGGGGAACAACAGCCUUGUCUGAACCCGGUUGCCUAGCAACCUUGUCUCCUCAAGAUGGGGCUCCAGUCGUCCACCGCAGACAAUGAUGGAAUACAAAUAAAGUGGUGGGUCCUGAUGGUUGGGGGCCCUAAGGGGAUGAGAGACUCAAGAAGGUACACCUCCCCACCCCCAUAGGUGUGGCUGUCCCCACAGGCUGGUAGUGCCCAGGGGUGGGGUGAUAAUAGUUUCUCCUAGUACCUGAAGGACUCUUAAGAGAAACAUGAAUUCCUAGCAUUCCCUGUGACUGAACAGGACAGGGAGAUGGGGGCAGGGGGUAGGGUAGAAGCCUCCCCUAGGGCGGUGGCCACAGGAGGGAAAGGGGCAGACAGCGCCAGGAGCCUGGGGAGUAAGCAGGAUGGCAGCAAGGGCAGCAGCUGGAGCCUGGAUGCUGGUCCUCAGUCUGUGGGGAGCAGUAGGCAGUCAGAAUAUCACAGCCCGGAUUGGAGAGCCACUGGUGCUGAACUGUAAGGGAGCCCCCAAGAAACCACCCCAGCAGCUGGAAUGGAAACUGAACACAGGCCGGACAGAAGCUUGGAAAGUCUUGUCUACCCAGGGAGACUCCUGGGAUAGAGUAGCUCGUAUCCUCCCCAACGGCUCCCUCCUCCUUCCUGCUGUCGGGAUCCAGGAUGAGGGGACAUUCCGGUGCCGGGCAAUGAGCCGGAAAGGAAAGGAGACCAAGUCCAACUACCGAGUCCAAGUCUACAAGAUUCCUGGGAAGCCAGAAAUUGUAGAUCCUGCUUCUGAACUCACAGCUGGUGUCCCCAAUAAGGUGGGGACCUGUGUGUCGGAGGGGGGCUACCCUGCAGGGACAAUUAACUGGCACUUGGAUGGGAAACACCUGGUAUCUGAUGGGAAAGGAGUGUCUGUGAAGGAAGAGACUAGGAGACACCCUGAGACAGGGCUUUUCACAGUCCAGUCGGAGCUGAUGGUGACCCCUGCCCUGGGAGGAGCUCCCCGCCCCACCUUCUCCUGUAGCUUCAGCCCUGGCCUGCCCCGGCGCCGAGCCCUACAUGCAGCCCCCAUCCAGCCCCGUGUCUGGGCCCCAAAGCCCGUGCCCCUGGAGAAGGUCCAAUUAGUGGUCGAGCCAGAAGGUGGAGCAGUAGCUCCUGGUGGAACAGUGACCCUGACCUGUGAAGCCCCUGCCCAGCCCCCACCUCAGAUCCACUGGAUCAAGGAUGGCAUGCCCCUGCGCCUGUCCCCCAGCCCCGUGCUGCUCCUCCGUGAAGUAGGGCCUCAGGACCAGGGAAUCUACAGUUGUGUGGCCACCUAUCCCACCCAUGGGCCCCAGGAAAGCCCUGCUGUCCGCAUCAGCAUCAUUGAAACAGGCGAGGAGGAGCCAACCACAGGCUAUGUGCGGGGGUCAGGGCUAGGAACUCUAGCCCUGGCCCUGGAGAUCCUGGGAGGCCUGGGAACAGCUGCCCUGCUCAUUGGGAUCAUCGUGUGGCAAAGGCGAAAACAUCGAGAGGAGAGGAAGGCCCCGGAAAACCAGGAGGAGGAGGAACACACAGAGCUGAAUCAGUCGGAGGAGCCCGAGGUGGCUGAGGGCAGUACAGGAGGGCCUUGAGGGGUCCACAGCCAGACCUCGGCUGUCAGCUCCCUUCUGUCUUUCCCUCUCUCUUCUGGCCCCAGCCCAGCUCUCCCCUGUACAAUAUCUACCCCAACUCGCCAAACUUCCUUCCACAACCAGGAUCCCCCCUAAACAGUGACAAGUAAACACCCGAUACACCUUGCCCCAUGUGCUUUUGCGUGUGUGUGUGUGUGUGCGCGCGCGUUUAUGUGGCAACCUUACCCCUUGUACACCCAAGAGCCUUGGAGGGGCUCACCCCCAUGCUGUCCCACACCACCUCAAACAUCUACUCAAGCUGGGAGAAGCUGCUCCUGUCCUGAAAAGUGGAGGGAAGGAAGACGUUGGGAUAGAUCCCACAUAUACUUUUCACCUUUUUUUUUAUUGAAUUUGUAAUAAAGAGGUUGUGAGUGGGAGGUAGCACUUAGAGUCAGAACCCACAUUAGACACUGGGGAGAGAAAAAUUAAAUUAAAUCAACAAGUGGGGAAUGAGAGAGAGUCAGAGGGAAACUUGCCCACCUUUCAACAUCAAAUCUAGAAAUCUAGAGGAAAACAAAGGGUUAGGAGAAGGAAAACCGACACUCUCUUCAGUCUGUCCUCCUCCCUCAGGGCCGGGAGUUAAGACGAGCGAGCAGUUCAGAGCAGAAGGCUCUCCCAUCCUGUGUCCAGAUAUCACUUCUCCCCAUGCCCUCCUCGAGAGUGGCUGGUUGGGCCUUAGCAAACAGAAGUGGAAGGGUUGGGGAAGGGAGGUCCAGGAGUAAGGAGGGUCACGAGGGACCCCCAAUACUGAUUCUUCUCUGGCUGGAGGUGGGCAGGAAGGAGACACAGCUCAAAUACUUAGCAGCCAGAUAAAGAAAAAGAUGGCAAGAAACAGGAAGAGGGAAUCCUGCCAGCUGGAGGCCGAGUGGCCCUGUCCUAGAUCCACACCUGUGGGAGAGAGAAGAGCUGCAGAGGACGCACCCACUCCAGGGCAGGGAGAGGACUUGAGGGGAUUCCGAGGGCUCCCCAGUAGGAGCUGAGCGAUGGCUCUUACCUGCACCUCGACGGAAAGGCUCAUGGGUAUUGAAGACGGUGGUGAAAAAGCCAAAGGGAAAAGCACCAACACCAAAUGAGAAGUGAAAGCCCCCAAUAUCACCAAAUGGCUGGAAUCCCUAGGAAGGUGAAGAAAGUCAGAGGGGAACCAGGCAAGUCUUGGGCAAGGAACAAACACAGUGGGACAAGAAGACUCACCCCUCUGCUUUCUGGAGCGGGUCGCUGGCCCUGGGGGCGGGGUGGAGUCUUCAAUCUGAGGAAGAGGAAAAGGAGUAUCGACAGGAAUAUUCUCCUCUUUCACACACCCUUCCCAGGCAAAAAGCCUCUGACUUUCCCCUCAAUACCACCUCCUCUCUCACCUGGGAUCCUGGGGCUUCUGGCUCCCUCGCCCAUAAAGUGGGACAACCUUCUCUCUGCUGAUUCCAGCUUUACACACUGGGCACUCUUGCCGAUCA